AUGCAGGAUAUUUACACAAAUAUACAGAGGCCUAUUGAAGAAAAUUGCAUAGCUUUUGUAUCUAGAGAAACAUUACGAGGUAUAGAAUACAUGCACAAGGCAGGAAAAAUCCAUCGGGAUAUUAAGGGUGCAAAUAUUCUAUUAACAAAUGAUGGUGACGUCAAAAUUGCUGAUUUUGGUGUUGCAGCUCAAAUUACGCAAACAAUUCAACGACGAAAUUCUUUCAUUGGAACACCGUACUGGAUGGCUCCUGAAGUUGCAGCUGUUGAACGUAAAGGUGGUUAUGAUGAAAAAUGUGAUGUAUGGGCGUUAGGAAUUACUGCUAUUGAAUAUGCUGAACUACAACCUCCAUUGUUUGAUCUACAUCCAAUGAGGUAUAGUAUUCAACCUUAUAAUGAAUGUAGAAAUAACAAACUGUGGAUAUGUAUGGAAUUUUGUGGAGGAUUCUCCAUGCAGGAUAUUUACACAAAUAUACAGAGGCCUAUUGAAGAAAAUUGCAUAGCUUUUGUAUCUAGAGAAACAUUACGAGGUAUAGAAUACAUGCACAAGGCAGGAAAAAUCCAUCGGGAUAUUAAGGGUGCAAAUAUUCUAUUAACAAAUGAUGGUGACGUCAAAAUUGCUGAUUUCGGUGUUGCAGCUCAAAUUACGCAAACAAUUCAACGACGAAAUUCUUUCAUUGGAACACCGUACUGGAUGGCUCCUGAAGUUGCAGCUGUUGAACGUAAAGGUGGUUAUGAUGAAAAAUGUGAUGUAUGGGCGUUAGGAAUUACUGCUAUUGAAUAUGCUGAACUACAACCUCCAUUGUUUGAUCUACAUCCAAUGAGAGCUUUACGAAUACUUGGUAUGCGUAGUUACAAACCACCGGUACUUCGAAAUAAAUCUUUAUGGUCUCAGAAAUUCCAUAAUUUUUUAAAAGCAUCCUUGACAAAAAGUGAAAAGAAACGACCAACAGCUCAAGCUUUAUUACGUCAUGAAUUUGUCAAUCAACCACAUUUAACUAGAUUAUUAACAUUGAAAUUAUUAGAAACGAAUCGUAAUCCUGAUAUUGUUGGUAAUAAUAACAACAACAACCGUGUAUCACCAUCUACUCGUCCAGCGAAUGAUGUCAUCAAUCAACCAAAGUCAAAUGUUGUUACACGUCCAGCAGAAGCAGGCGGAGUACGACAACCACAGCAUCAGCAACAACAAGAGUAUUCUGCAUUGUUGGCUGGUCGACCAGAUUAUCCUAUGGUAAUGAAUAAAUCACCUGUACCACUGAGUCCGAGUGAAGAAUGCAAAGAUCGUACACUUGUUCAACCUCAGAACUCAUCUCAAACAUCAAUUGAGAAUCAAUCACCAUCCAGUCAUAUUUCAUCGUCUGAUAUAAAACGUACAGUCUCUUCAACAUCAUCGUCAUCAGCAUCAAAUCGACCGGAACCAUUAAGAAAAAUGCAUACACCAUGGCAAUCACAACUGCAACAAAUCAAAUCACAACAAUCUUCACCAAUUACAAUAUCAAAACCAAGCACCACUAUUGCUGAAGUAAUUGUACAAAAAUCAUCUAUUAUUACACCAAUGGAACGUAUCCAAUCAGCUAGACCUCAACAAUUUCUCAUUGAACAUUCUAUCAUUCAUAGUAAUAAUAAUAAUAAUGAUAAACCUCAUUCAACUCAUCAUCCUCCUUGUACAUCUAAGUCAAUAUUAGAAGAGAUUCGUAUUAUGGAUGAAUUGCCUACACCAUUUCCUGCUUAUGUUGCAUCUGCACCAACGGCUACACCAGCGCUGAAACCGCCUGGAUUAAAUUAUCACUUAAAUCAUUCCACAUCAAAACAUAUUGAACAUGUAAUACAAAAAAUGCCUACAUCAUCGUCAUCAUCAUAUUCUUCAAGUGUUAUUGUUACUCAACCAUUACAUACACAAGUGACAAAAACCAGUGAUGAUUUAUUAUUAUCGACCAAUAUUGUUGUUUCACAUAAGAAUGGUCAUCAUUUACCACCAGCACACCACCACCACCACCGACAACAACAACACCAACAACAUCAACGUCGAUCCUCCUCGAAUAAUUCAUCGAGUAUUUCAUCAGCGUCCACAUCACCACGUAGUUCAUGUUCAUCAAGUCAAUUAGAUUUAUUAGAUCCUGUAUCUACAGAUUUAACUUCAGAAAGUCGUCAAACAACUAUCCUGUCUAAUUCUAGUACAUCUUCACCAAAUUCACCUGGUUCUACAACAACAACAUCAUCAUCGUCAUCGGCAUCAUCAACUACUUCAUCGGUUAGUACAGAGGCGGCUGUUGGUGAUGAUGAAGGUGUACGAUGUAAAACUGAUACUGAUACUAUUAUUAAUGGUAAUGAUGAAGUGGUAAACAGUGUAGUUAAACAACACGAUAUUAAAGAAGGUAUUCAAAGGAACAACAAUCAUCAAGAUUGUUUAUCAAUUACUGAGCAUACUAUCAUACAAGAUUCAUUGGAAGCACGAUUUUUACCAAUUGACAAUGAACCGCAUGUUGUAGAAUCACAUACAGUUCAAGUGACACAUCAUAAUGUAAAUCAUGAAAAUGCUGAUCAAUUUAAUCGACUGACUGAUUCAAUGAAUCAAAAUGUAGUCAUUGUUGUUAAUACAUUAGUAGAAACACCUACCACUACUACUAUUACUAGCAUUACUACAGAUAAUCAUACAACGAUGAAUUCAUUGAAUGUUAAAGUUGAUCAAUCCAUUGAUUCAAUAAAUAAUCAAUCCAAUAAUGAUAAGCAUAACAUUUCCAAAUCAAUGAAUAUUGUUGAUAAUGGUAAUGGUAGUAGUAGUAGUGAGGAUUAUUCGAGAACAACAGGAAAGCAUAGAACUAAUCAUCAUCAUCGACCACAACAAGUGCACAAUCGUCGACAUUCUUCAUUCAUUGAUUAUACAACAAAUCAUAAUCAUCAUGAUGUGAAUGAUGUCAAUGAGGAUAUUGUACAUUAUACACCACCAGCAGCACGUCUAUCACCGAUGUCAUUCAAUGAUGAUAAUGAUGAUGAUGAUGAUCGUGGUACAGUGACUACAAUUGAUUCACAUUUAUCUAGUAUUGCAGCACAUGAUGAAGAGUUGAAUUAUUCUCCGCCUAUAAAACAAAUUGAUACAGAUUCAAAGAAUAUCACUAAAUCACCACCAUAUGCUUGUCUUGAUAUGCAUGAUGAUGAUGAUGUUAAUGAUGAGAAUCCAGAUGAAUGGGAUUUAGAUGUGGCCGAUCGUGAUCUAUUGGCCACUGAUGGUCUACUCUAUUUAGAUCGUAGUCAUCCGGUACGAAUAAUUUUAAUGAUGUUUUAA